GUUCGCCUGGGAUGAAGGACUCGACUCGGCGUCGGCUUCAGCGGUUGAAGAAGAAGCAACGAAGCCGGAGAAGAUGAUCGUCUGCAUCGCCGUCGUCGGCCAUCAGAACAACCCGCUGUACAUACAGAGCUUCACGGAGGCGGACGACGCGCUCAAGCUCCACCACAUAGUCCACUGCUCCCUCGACGUCGUCGACGAGCGAGUGAACAAUCCGAAAAAAUCCGGGCCACUGCUGAACGAGACUUUCCUGGGUCUUCUUUAUCCGACCGAAAACUACAAAGUGUAUGGCUAUCUGACUAAUACAAAGGUGAAAUUUAUCCUAGUCACAACAGAUUUAGAUGUCAAAGAUGCCGAUGUGAGAAAUUUCUUCCGGAGGUUUCAUGCAGCAUACGUGGAUGCAGUUUCAAAUCCAUUUCAUGUACCGGGUAAAAAGAUAACCUCCAGAACAUUCGCGGAGAGAGUCAGUACCAUUGUGAAGGCAUUCGGCUUAAGUUCAGCUGGCUGAAGCAACUCAUCACGGAACUAUACACUUCUUGUCCUCUUCCCUCUUGUUGCUGGAACUGCAAUGGUUUUGCUUACUCAGAAAGGGGUUGAGCUUCUGUGAAUUCUAUGCUUUAAUGAUCAUAUUUGUUUCAUGAGUGGAUAAUACCAUUAGUUUUACUUUUAA